UGAGAUAAAUAUAGGGUGAUUUUUUAAGAGCUUGAUAACUUUUUUAAAAAAAAAAAACGCAUAAAAUUUGCAAAAUCUCAUCGGUUCUUUAUUUGAAACGUUAGAUUGGUUCAUGACAUUUACUUUUUGAAGAUAAUUUCAUUUAAAUGUUGACCGCGGCAGCGUCUUAGGUGGUCCAUUCGGAAAGUCCAAUUUUGGGCAACUUUUUCGAGCAUUUCGGCCGGAAUAGCCCGAAUUUCUUCGGAAAUGUUGUCUUCCAAAGCUGGAAUAGUUGCUGGCUUAUUUCUGUAGACUUUAGACUUGACGUAGCCCCACAAAAAAUAGUCUAAAGGCGUUAAAUCGCAUGAUCUUGGUGGCCAACUUACGGGUCCAUUUCUUGAGAUGAAUUGUUGUCCGAAGUUUUCCCUCAAAAUGGCCAUAGAAUCGCGAGCUGUGUGGCAUGUAGCGCCAUCUUGUUGAAACCACAUGUCAACCAAGUUCAGUUCUUCCAUUUUUGGCAACAAAAAGUUUGUUAGCAUCGAACGAUAGCGAUCGCCAUUCACCGUAACGUUGCGUCCAACAGCAUCUUUGAAAAAAUACGGUCCAAUGAUUCCACCAGCGUACAAACCACACCAAACAGUGCAUUUUUCGGGAUGCAUGGGCAGUUCUUGAACGGCUUCUGGUUGCUCUUCACCCCAAAUGCGGCAAUUUUGCUUAUUUACGUAGCCAUUCAACCAGAAAUGAGCCUCAUCGCUGUAGACCAUAAAUCGGACGUAAAGCGCGAUUUCGAACCGAACACUGAUUUUGGUAAUAAAAUUCAAUGAUUUGCAAGCGUUGCUCGUUAGUAAGUCUAUUCAUGAUGAAAUGUCAAAGCAUACUGAGCAUCUUUCUCUUUGACACCAUGUCUGAAAUCCCACGUGAUCUGUCAAAUACUAAUGCAUGAAAAUCCUAACCUCAAAAAAAUCACCCGUUACAAUACGUUCAGCAUGGUCUUUUGCAAAAUGUUUUUGAGCGCAAAUAUACCAUUGGAAAAAGCACGUCAUCCAGCUGUUAUAGAGUUCCUUGAAAUAUAUACUACCAAGACAGUGCCGAGUGUUACAAAUUUGCGCCUAAAGUAUGUUCCUGCGUUAUACGAAAAAAGUAUAGAAAAAAUGCGGGCCGCAGUUGGUGACAAAAACAUUUGGAUAUCCAUUGACGAAACAACUGACGUUGAGCAAAGAUUGAUUGCAAAUUUUGUUUUUGGAAUUUUCGAUGGCACCAAAGAAAGUGCGGAAAAGUCUUACCUUUUGAACGCUGGCGUUGUAGAAGCCGCUAAUGCCAAUACGAUGGCAGCAUUCCUGAAUGAUUCGUUGCAUAUUUUGUGGCCGGACGGUAUUCAGUACAACAGAGUAUUAUUUGCGGUUGCGUAUGCGGCGGCGUACAUGUUAGCAACUAUGAAGGCUAUGAAGACGUUGUACCCAAAGAUGUUGCAUUGCACAUGCUUCGCCCAUGGCGUGCAUAGAAUAGCGGAGUUCGUACGACUCGAAUUUACAGAUGUCAAUGCACUUAUUUCGAAUGUAAAAUCAAUCUACUGCAAGGCACCGCACAGUGGGUAAAAGGCGGAAAAAAUAUGUAAUUUUUAACUAUCUAAUUUUAACAAAAUUUCAUUCUAGUAGUGUUUCUAGACAAUGAAUACGGUUUAAUUUAUCACGUAUUUGCGAAUUGACAUUUCACUGACAUAACAACGUAUUUUUAAAGUCAAUUAAAAAUAGAACUCUUGAAAAUUGUGAAAAAUAUUGAGAAAAAUAUGAGAACAGACGUAUGGGGUUUCGACGUUUUAUGCAAUAAGAAGUGACUUUAAAGUCUAUCCUAAUAUAUAUUAUAAUAUAUUAUAAAAUAAUUAUUUUCAUUUCAUAGGCCAAUUUCAUGUCAAUUUUG